CGCCAUCGUCAGCAGCGUGAGUUUUCCUAAAGUGGGAAAUUUUCAUCAAAAAUACGCAUAUUAUUGGAAUUUGCAAUCUUAAAAUUAAGUCUCUGUCAAUUUGUUAAUAAUCGAAGGUUCUUUAUCACCCUUUCUGUGAUUUGAGCAUAAAAUUUACUAUGGCGCGCAAAAGAGGUCGUGGGAAAAAGAACAAGACCCAAAUUAAAACCCUUCCCAAAAAUUCGAACCUGUCUCCGAUCACCCCAAUUUCUCUAUCGACCCGGGUUCACCCUGCCGUGAGUGAUCCAUAUCCUUUGAACAAGCUGUGUCGCCUGUGUCUGUUGUCGAAUACAAAUAUGGAACCGAUUUUUGCGUAUCCUGGCGAUAGAACACUGGCAAACAAGAUCUACCAGUGCACGAAUUUGGAGAUAAAAGAAAACACCGGUCACGGAAUUCCAACAACCAUUUGUGGCCAGUGUAAGCAACAAUUAGAACAGUGUCACGAAUUUCGGCUGGUUUGCUGGAAAAACAAUGAAGUUUUGCACAAUUUGCAUGCAUUACUGAGCCCACGGUCAAUUAUUCAACAGAACACACGAACCAAUCUUCAUGCAUAUUCACCGGCUACGCCCAAUCCUGUUGUGCAGGUGAAGAAACUUAAUCUCAACACUGAGCCUUCGCCGCGUUCUUACAGAUCACGUGGAAGCAUCUCAGGCAAAACAUUCAGCAUUCAUGAUUUACCACAAUUUGCCACCCCACGUUCCAACAAAAAAGCUAAAAAUGAACGUUAUCCUUUAUUUUCAAAAGAGCUGGUUGUCUGUUUGUCUCCUCUUUCAAAAGACGUCUUAAACAAACUUAAAAAAACGAAGCCUACGAAACUUGUUCAACAAAAGAAGUCUUCUAAACAAGUUCAACAGACGAAGCCUACAAAACCUGUUCAACAAACGAAGGCAGCGGUCAAAUCGUUCCCAAUACCCGUGAAACGUGGUAGACCAGCCGGAGCUAAGAGGGAAAAACCGAAGAUCAAGAAGGAGAAAGUGGUAAAGAAAACAGAAUUCAAGAAGAGAGUACAAGCAAAAGUUCUGAAGGUUAAGAAGCCCAAGGCAAAGGAAAUUGCGGUGCCACCGAAGAAAAGGAAAGAAAACUAUCCAGUAGCGGUGUCCCUGUCGGUAUCUUGCACGCUAUGUUCGCAGAAGUUCAACAGCGAGAAAGGACUACAACGCCAUAUUGCAAGCCAUAAUAAAAAUCGAAAAUUAAAUAACGUAUUCAAUUGUAACAUUUGUAAACGUGAAUAUCUGAAACCAACGCAGCUCACUGAUCACAUGGCUAGUCCUGAGCACAUUCAGAACACCACGAUCGCACCGGAUGAAGGUGAAGUAUCCAUUUUACCCGAUGAAGAAGAGGAUCCAGGCAUGUCUAUCCUGCCUGAUGAUGAGCCCGUAACCCAACCGAUUUUAAAUAGAGGGCUCGGAGCGGUAGAGCACGAUCAAAACCAGAGUGCUGAAUACCUCACCGUCACACCACCAGUAUAUCCCGAAACGGUAACACCUGAACCUCCCAACGUACCGGAAGAAUUAUAUGGUAAUCAUCCUUCGCCUGAUACAAAUGAAGUUUCACAACCGCCGGAGAGCGAACCAAUUCCAGAGGAAGAACCUAUUGAAGAAACAGCAAAUUCAGAAUCUGCUUCCGGGAACAUCCGAGAUCGAGAUGCCAGCCCGAUUCCGGUAGACAGUGAGUCUUCUCGGUCCCGCGAGGGUGGGGUGCAGUACAGUGACGUUUGCUCGACCAACAACGCCGAGACACUGGUAGUGGAAAACGGCAACGGUACCGAUGAUGGAAGUACAGUGCCGUCCGAGCCGUGCAAUAAUUCAUCUACACGCCGUGUCACUUUCUCUGACGUGGCGGAGAUAGUUGAAUAGCUAUCGCUGGACGAUGACUCGAGGGAAUUCAACACCGAAUCUCAAGGGCGAAGCGUAUGUUUUACUCAAUUUUAACUUUGAAAAACAGAACUUAUCACAAUGUCAGAGGAAUAUUGAUAGUGUAAGAAUGCAUUUAGAUUUAAAGAUUACUUUUCUUGAACAACAGAUAAUGAAAUACAUAUAACCUUAUAUCUUAUCGAACAGUU